AUCAGAUUGAAGUUGAGUGUGCUCUGUAGAGGUAUAGUAAUGCUGCUGACUAGUCAGCACAUCAUACAGGACUUUUCCCAAUGGAAGUUUGGCAGGCUGAUGGGAUCUGAUGGAUGGACUACCUUCAUGAGCGGACUGAUGCAUGACACUAGGAUUUACAUUUUGAGGCAGAGGGAGAAAAGGAGUCAAUGAUGUCUGAAUGAAGUAGUGUUGGAUCUGAUAUACUGGCGGAAUUUGGCAACCACCGGGGUGGUGUUUACAGGUUUGGUUGUGGGCUUGGCUUCUUUGUUUCAGCUCAGUGCCAUUACAAUUCUAUCCAACCUCGGUUUGAGCAUUAUGGCCUUCACCCUCCCUGUACGCUUGCUCUACAAAGCCAUGACAGUUACCCGUCUCAAUGAUGGAUCGCAUCCCUUCCAGUCAUAUUUGGAUGAGGACCACACGCUGACAGACGAGGACACAGUUCGCAUGGCGGAACAAAUGGUUCUGCUGAUUGCAACGGCUGUCAGUGAGCUGAAGAGGCUGUUCUUCAUCGACAGCAUCAUGGACUCAGUGAAGUUUAUUGUAUUCCUGUAUUUGUUGACCUAUGUGGGGGUCCAAGCCAACGGUCUCACGCUGGUGAUGUCUGGUGUGAUAUGCGCUUUUUCUCUGCCAUUGCUGUAUAAACUCCAGCAGGAGAGGAUCGACAAGAUUAUAAAAGCAGUCCAACUACUUGUGGAAAAAAUCACUGAAAUGGUUGAUCUUGUGGUUUCACUGGCCAAACCUCCCCCAGCCCCAGCACCUCCUCCUGCCCCUGCAUUAAAACAUAAACAGAAGACUAAAUGAAUGUGGAGAAAUGUGGAGCUCACUGAACAAACAAAGAAAGUCUUACGGUGCAGCUGCAGUCCUGUAUGUCAGACAGGUUCAAUGGUUUGGGGCUUAUGAAUGAGCAUUAUGAUUUACAGUACAUUUCUCAAGGUGCUAUGAUUUUAUUUUGGAAUACAAUUAAAGCAACAGGACACCAAAAGGUAUCACUUUUUUUUAUAGGUCCUUUAAUGCAUUUUGUUGAUUUUAAGUUACAUCACAUUUACAUGCCAACUAAUUUUCAAUAGAUUAUAAGUAGAUUGUUAGGUUGGGGUUAGGGUUAGGUAUUGUUAUAGGCAAAGUAUUUUAUAGUCAGUUAAAUGUCUGUUGAAGGAGCAGUAUCAACAGAUAUUAAGCAGACAGUCUACUAAUACUCAAAUAAGAAGUAAUUGGCAUAAAGUUUCAGUGCAACUUUUAGUCAACAAAAUGUGCAAUAGGGACCAUCAAAAUAAAGUGUUAUUCACCACAAAAAGUGUUUUUCGAACAAAAAAAGAACGUAUUUGCCGUUGAUUUCCAUCGUAUUAGUUUCCAGCUUUCAAAUUAUCUUCUUUUUUUGUUUAACAGAAAGGAGAAAGGGGUUUGGAGGGUGAAUAAAUUAGUACAUUUUCAUAUUUAGGUAAACUUUCCAUCCAUUUUAUUUAACAUAAACUCUCUUUUAUAAUUAAUUACUAUUUACCGCUGUGUAAUAUUUAUAAUUAUUGGUUCAUUUUGCCUAACCAAGCUUUUUUACUGAUUUUCAUAUUAAAUGGUGAAUCUAUAGUGACAGUUGCAAGUAUGUUGUUGUCCACUAGAGGGCGCAAUGCGACCACAAAAUCACGACAGUUCUGGCUGAAGUUGUAGAAAUUCUGUUUUGUAAAACUGUUUAACAUAUUAGAGCUUAAAAUGAGAAUGUUUUGGUAUUUUUAAAAAAUAUUCAGUUCUAUUUUGCCUCACAGAGCAAUUCAAAACAAAUUUUGAAACAAGUCACUUUAAAACAAGUCAUGUUUUGCUUCCCUGUGUUUGUACAUCUUUUGUGCGACAUGACCCCCAGUAAACACGUGUUUUCAAUGUUA